CUCAGAGGAAAGUUAGUUUUGUCUUUCAUCUGGGAGCCUCUUUGUGGAUACAGACCGGGAAAGGUCAACUCUUUCCAGUACUUUCCAACUGAAUCACAUUGGGAUAGAGACACAGAAAACACUCAAUGCCGGAUUUUAACUGAAAACAGACUUCAUACAUCAUACCCAAAAUGAGUGAGCAGGAGGUUCCUUGCUCAACUGUGAGAUUUAAAAAGUCUUCAGGGUUGAGGUACCAAGUGAGGCCUAAGGAGACUCAAAGACCCAGGGAAGCUGGCUGCAGAGUCCCCUGGCAGCUCACUGUGAUUGCUAUUGGAAUCCUUCUUUCCCUUCGGCUGGUUGCUGUUGCAAUGUUGGUGACAAACAUUUUUCAGUAUAGUCAUGAAAAACAUGAACUUCAGAAAACUCGAAACUGUCACCAUAACUGCAGCACCAUGGAAAAUGACAUCAAAUUAAAGGAAGAAACGUUGAGAAAUAUGUCUGUAGAGUGUACUCCCAGCAAUACUCUUCUGAACUUAUUCAACAGAGAACAGAACAGAUGGUACAAAAAAACUAAGACUGUUUUAGCUUCCCCUCAGCACACAGCCAGGUGUGUUGAAAUGCACUGGUUCUGCCAUGGUAUAAAAUGUUAAUAUUUCAUCAUGGACAUAAGAACAUGGCAUGGAUGUAAACAGACCUGCCAGAACUACAGCUUAUCCUUUCUGAAGAUAGAUGAUAAGGAUGAACUGAAGUUCCUACAGGACCACGUUAUUCGAGACAGUUACUGGGUUGGAUUGUCAUAUAAUAAUAUAAAAAAGGAAUGGUCAUGGAGUGACAGCAGUCCAUUGAAUUGUGAUUUGUUGGCAUGUAAACCACUACAAAAAACAGGACACUGUAUAUAUUUCAGUAUGACAGGUCUACAUUAUGAUGACUGUGGUAAAAGACAUCUCUGUAUCUGUGAAAAUGGAAUGGACAAAAUCCCUGCUCCAUUGUGCAGUGUGAAGGAAAGGUCACAGUCUGCUGUGUGAAGAGAGAGAUGAGGUACACAGGGAAGAAAUCUGCUGAAAAUUGGCUCAACAGCAGACACAGUAAUCCCUUCUGGCACAUGAGGAGCUUGCAUGUGGAGAGUGGACAUCCUUUGCUCCAAGACCCAAAUGAUUCCCUCACAUUGUCUCCUGAAUGACACAGAGGACCACAUGGAGAACUCGAUAAAUAAUGAAUGUAUCAAAUUGUCAUUAGGAUAUUUCCAUAGCCCAUGGCUUGAUAGCACAAUUAAUAAUUAAUCUGCAGUUGUGUGUUUUCAUGUGUUGGUUAGUUACUCUUUGUUAUUUUUUUGGUGUAGAAAAAGUUAGCAUUUUUAAUAACCUUUUGAGAUGAAGAACUGUGGAAAUGAGGUCUGAUGGGAGUGGUGUCUGGACUGUUAAUAAAUAAAAUAAUUUUGAAAACCUUA